AAAGGUUCCAUGGAUAUUAGAGGUUCUUUAUGUGACCAUUGAUGCCAAUAAAGAUAAACUGUAUAACAUAGUAUAGCCUAUCAGUUCAAGCAUUUUCUGGGAAUCAAACCAAUGACCUUGGCGUUGCUAGUGCCAUGCACCAUUCACGCUGCAGGAACGCUUCUCCUGAGAUAAACCCCUUAUUAAUAAGUAGUGGUAGGAUAAAUGUGGAAUAAUUGACUGUUAAAUUAUUAAAAAAUUAAUGGACACCCAAAGUGUAGUGGUCAAAACAUGGAUCUGCGUCAAUUAUAAAGCUUUGCUUGUUUUCUCUAGCUAAACUGUAACUUCCACAGGAGCAAAGUGGCACUGGUGGCUUUAAUGUUUCAAAAAGCCCUUCAAUGAUCUGUUACUAAUUGAAAACCAUGGAAUGCUAACCAGACAAAUUCCGUAAUCGCGGAAAUCUAAAGACUCACAUUAACGGCUUAUGGAGCGUCUUCAUUUCUUAAAUCUGCACGGUGGGAUAGGACUUCCUCCACUGGAUUAACAACUCUACCGUCAUCUUGAGAACAAAACAGCAGUAUUUAUUAUGUAGCUGAUAUUGAUAUGACUGGGAUAACAGUUUAAUCAGAUGUAAUCAGAUAUGUUCCACGCACCGGUCACAUCUCUGUUCAGUGGGUAAAUGAUUGACUCGACUUGUAUAGACCACUGGGUGUUGUCUUUUUCUUCCACUGAAGUACAGAUAACUGUUUCCUGGUUAGAGAAAAGCAGGGAUACAGGUCCUUAUUUCAGCAUUUCAACAUAUUUUUUGCGCAUCUAAAGAGGAACAAACAUGGGAAAACCAAUCACUGUGCUUCACUGGCUUCUGCUCACACUGGGACUAGUUGCGGCUCAAACAGAGAAAGCAGAACAAGCUCUGCCCAACUGGCUUACGGGAAUCAUUGCCGUUGGUGUGUUUCUCUUCCUCGUCUUCAUCACCUUCCUUGUAAACAAAGCCUGGUGUGAAACUCCAAGCAAACCAGAAGCAGUCAUACCAACUGAAUACGCCAUGACUAAUGGAUCAACCCGUGAAAUCAGUCUUGAUGCAGUCAGGAGCAGUGACGGCCCUAAUGCAUCUGAGAACGUGAUUGUUCACCAAACUGAUGAAAAAGUGACUGCAAUGUAAUUUCAAGGAAAUGUCAAGAGUUAGAAGAGUCAGCGGGACAUGUUAUCCAUAUGCUCUGUUGUAAUAAGUUAUCAUUUUAAUAGCUGACACAGCUCUUUCUUGUAAAAGAGUUUAGCAGUGAUUUUUGUUGAUUUUUAACUAGAUAUUUAACUCGAUGUAACAAUUUUUUUUAGCAUAAUUUAAGACAUUCUGUAUCUUACAGAUCUUUGUUGUGCAAAUUUCUUUAAAAAAUAAUAUUAAAAAUCAAUAUACUCUAUCACUCUAAAGUUUUGGGUGGGUAGGAAUUUUAAUGUUUUUGAAAGAAGUCUCUUCUGCUCACCAAGGCUGCAUUUAUUUGAUCAAAAAUACAGUAAAAAUAAUAAUAUUGUGAAAUAUUAUUACAAUUUAAAAUUUCUGCUUUUUAUUUUAAUAUACUUUAAAAUGUAAUUUAUUCCUGUGAUGCAAAGCUGAAUUUUCAGCAUCAUUACUCUGGUCUUCAAUGUCACAUGAUCCUUCAGAAAUCAUUCUAAUAUACUGACUUGCUGCUCAAGAAACAUUUCAUAUUAAUGUUUAAAACAGUUUUGUGGAAACCAUGACACACUUCAUGAUGAAAAUAAAGAACAACAUUUAUUUGAAAUAGAAA